UUUCGAUUGCGGGUCCGGCAAAACAGCAACAAACUUCCAGAUCGCACAAUUCUUCAGCUUUCCUUUGACCUCCACUACUGCCCACUCCUCCCUUCCCAACUCCCUCUUAUAUCAUGACUCAAGAAAUUCCUACUUUCAAGCUCGUCCUCGUUGGCGACGGUGGAACUGGCAAGACUACUUUCGUCAAGCGCCACUUGACUGGAGAGUUCGAGAAGAAGUACAUCGCCACUCUCGGUGUCGAAGUGCACCCUCUCACAUUCAGCACCAACUUCGGGACCAUCUGCUUCAACGUCUGGGACACUGCUGGACAGGAGAAAUUCGGUGGUCUGCGCGAUGGAUACUAUAUCCAGGGACAGUGCGGUAUCAUCAUGUUCGACGUUACCUCCCGAAUCACCUACAAAAACGUCCCCAAUUGGCAUCGUGAUCUGGAGCGGGUGUGUGAGAACAUCCCUAUCGUGCUUUGCGGCAACAAGGUCGAUGUCAAGGAGCGGAAAGUAAAGACCAGCGCGGUCACCUUCCACCGAAAGAAGAACCUGCAGUACUUCGAAAUUUCCGCCAAGUCGAACUACAACUUUGAGAAACCCUUCCUCUGGCUUGGUCGUAAACUCGUCGGAAACCCAAGUCUCGACUUUGUCGCUGCCCCUGCUUUGGCCCCGGCUGAGGUCACAGUCGACGCCAAGCUCAUGGAGGAGUACAACCGGCAGCUCGCUGAGGCUGAAGCUAUUCCUCUCCCCGAGGAAGACGACGAUCUGUAGAUAGGAUUCCGAUUUUCAUCAUCUGUUUACACCAUCGUUUCCUAUUUCUGCAACCGCACCACACCAAAUUGUAUUCCAUGAACAGAAUUAAAUGCACGCGACGCCAAGUUUAGAAUACUGCAGGGGUUUUCAAAUGAUCGAGGCAGUCGCAAAGAUGUGAAGCUAUACAAUACAAGUCGAAUCUAACGUACAUAUUCAGCAAAAGCGGUCACUGAAUACUGGUCAGCUGCGAUCCCGGGAACGAAUGCUCGACUGCACCUCUUUAGUUUCAUCCGCCGAUCUAACAGAGCCUCCGCUAAUCGACCUUCCUUCUUGGCACGCUUCAGCUGUAACGGUGAUAAGCAGGGUUUGAGGGAGGGAGCGAGACCAGCUCACGUCUUGCUUGUCACUAUGUGACACCACACUUCGCCCCAUCCCCCAGGCUUGAUAGAUUUUACUAUGAUAGUGAUGAGUUGCGGCCAGUCAGCAGUAGAACCCACCCACUUCGUCCCAGUUUCAUCAAUAUUCAAUGGGUCACCACUAUCCCUGAGAUUCUUCUGUUUCUCUUCUUCGUGGGCUUCCUUCUUGAACUUAUACUGGAUCUUGACCCAGAAACGUUCUCGAAACCCGACCUCUUCGCUGUCUCCACGCAACACCAUGGAACCGCCUGCCACUUCGUCGACGCUCAGAUACUUUUCAUACACGUUCAUGAACGCGACCAUGCCGUCUGGAAGUACCACAGGUGUCCACUCCUCUUGCGGACCACGCGCAUCCCGAUCCGACGAUAUGAGCCCGUGAGCGUCACUGGAUAAGAAUUUGCCUUCCCCAGUACCAGUCCGCAAGUUCACGGUCAGAGACCCAGCUAUGCGAGUGACGACCCAGACCUGCGAUACAUCUGUCGGCGUGCGAGCCAAAAGACUGGGAGGUUCCCCGUCAGAGUCCUCCGUGCGAAACUUGUCGAGACUGGAGAGGACGACGCGAUUUGACGUGGAGUUGUAGGUUACACAUAUCGGAGAAGGGUCGGAGGGGUGCACAAUGAACGUUGGGCCUCUAAUUUCCUCGGGCUUUUCAGGAAGCACCCAUGUUUCGGGGUCAGGCUCGUCCUCUCUCCGUUUCGUAGACCGACGUCGACUGCUGGUGCCCGCUUCUUCACCCUCCUCAUCGUGCUCUCGUUUGCGUUUCUUCUUGACCUUCUCUCCUUUGAAUGUCAGCCGGGAGGAUUUGACCUUGUCAGACAUGAGUAGUAGCAGGAGUGGGAAGCUUGCGGGGGAUCAAUGACGUGUGAUCCGAUUGAUGACUUGCUUUGGGCUUGUUAGCUCUGAAUGGUCCUAUACAGGUUGCACAGCCACGAGCGUACGCUCAACGAAGAAGUUUCGACAAUUCCGCAAGACACCUCAAAAUGAAGUUCAACACCGAUGUCUCGUCGUCCCGGCGCAAGUCCCGCAAGGCGCACUUCUCGGCGCCUUCCUCGAUCCGCCGCAAAAUCAUGUCCUCUGCUCUGUCGAAGGAACUGAAGGGCAAAUACAACACUCGUUCGCUCCCCAUCCGGAAGGACGACGAGGUUCGGAUCGUGCGCGGAAAGUACAAGGGUCGGGAGGGCAAGGUCACUCAGGUGUACCGCAAGAAAUGGGUUAUCCACGUCGACCGUGUCCAGCGCGACAAGUCCAAUGGUGCCACUGCACCCAUCGGUGUCCACCCCAGCAACGUCGUCAUUACCACCAUCAAGCUCGACAAGGACCGGAGAGCAAUCCUCGACCGCAAGGACAGGGAAAAGACAACGAAGUCUCAGGAUGUCGCGAUGGCUGAGUGAUUUCCCGGUUUUUACGUUUCGCAUUAGCAUGUCCCCAAAACACCGUCAUGUACUAUGUUGCAUAUAUGCCACAUGCUCCUCUCCAUAACUAUUGUGCUUGUGAAUGUGAGAGAUGCAUUAAAGGGGUAUAUUGUAUACAUGCCAGGU